CGGACGCGCCCGCCUGAAGCAGCCAAUUGGGAAGCGCAGAGCAGGUUCAAACACAGACGGCGGGUGAACAUGGCGUCCUCGACUUGGUUUGAGACGUGAUCGGCCUGCCUUCUGGCUGAAGAUGUGGCGGGUGAAAAAACUGAGCCUUAGCCUGUCGCCUUCGCCCCAGACGGGAAAACCAGCUAUGAGAACUCCUCUCCGUGAACUUAUCCUGCAGCCCGGUGCCCUCACCAACUCUGGAAAAAGGCCCCCCGCUUGCUCCUCGCUGACCCCAUCACUGUGCAAGCUGGGGCUGCAGGAAGGCAGCAACAACUCAUCUCCAGUGGAUUUUGUAAAUGCCAAGAGGACAGACUUCCCUUCAGAACAUUUCAGUCAUUCCUCAAAGUGGCUGGAAGCCUGUCAGCAUGAAUCAGAUGAGCAGCCUCUAGAUCCAGUUCCCCAAACUAGCUCUACUCCUAAAACGUCUGAGGAAGCAGUAGACCCACUGGACAACUAUGUGGUUAAAACCAUCGUCCUUGUACCAUCUCCACUGGGGCAGCAGCAAGACAUGACAUUUGAGGCCCAUUUAGAUACCAUGGCAGAGACAAACAGCAUAUCUUUAAAUGAACCUUUGAGAACAGGAGAUCUGGUGAGAGAGGAGGUGGCACCCUGCAUGGAAGACAGGUUUUCAGAAGUUGUUGCUGCUGUAUCUGAGAAACUUAUCUUUCAGGAAUCUCCGUCCCAUCUCUUAGAGUCUCCACCAAAUCCCUCUUCUGAACAACUAAAUUGCUCCAAGGAAAGCCUGAGGGACAGUAGGACUGAGGCUGUGCCUGAGGACUUAGUAGUACCUUCUGAAAGUAACGCCUUCUUGCCUUCCUCUUUUCUCUGGCUUUCCCCUUCAACUGCCUUGGCAGCAGACUUCCCUGUCAAUCAUGUGGACCCAGAGGAGGAAAUUGUAGAGCAUGGAGCUAUGGAGGAAAGAAAAAUGAGCUUUCCUACACACCCUAAGGAGUUUGAAUCAGAAGAUCAAGCACUUGUCUCAAAUGUGGAAGAUAUUCUGUCCACAUGCCUGACACCAAAUCUAGUAGAAAUGGAAUCCCAAGCAGCUCCAGGCCCAGCAGUAGAUGAUGGUAGGAUUCUUGGCUCUGAUACAGAGUCUUGGAUGUCCCCACUGGCCUGGCUGGAAAAAGGUGUAAAUACCUCCGUCAUGCUGGAAAAUCUCCGCCAAAGCUUAUCCAUUCCCUCGAUGCUUCGGGAUGCUGCAAUUGGCACUACCCCUUUCUCUACUUGCUCGGUGGGGACUUGGUUUACUCCCUCAGCACCACAGGAAAAGAGUACAAACACAUCCCAGGCAGGCCUGGUUGGCACCAAGGACAGUACUUCUGAGACAGAGCGGCUCCUGUGUGGCCGGCCUCCAGAUCUGACUGCCUUGUCUCGACAUGACUUGGAAGAUAACCUGCUGAGCUCUCUUGUCAUUCUGGAGGUUCUCUCCCGCCAGCUUCGGGACUGGAAGAGCCAGCUGGCUGUCCCUCACCCAGAAACCCAGGACAGUAGCACACAGACUGACACAUCUCACAGUGGGAUAACUAAUAAACUUCAGCAUCUUAAGGAGAGCCAUGAGAUGGGACAGGCCCUACAGCAGGCCAGAAAUGUCAUGCAAUCAUGGCUGCUUGUCUCUAAAGAGCUGAUAUCCUUGCUUCACUUAUCCCUGUUUCAUUUAGAAGAAGAUAAAACUACUGUGAGUCAGGAGUCUCGGCAUACAGAAAUCUUGGUCUCUUGCUGUUUUGAUUUACUGAAGAAAUUGAGGGCAAAGCUCCAGAGCCUCAAAGCAGAAAGGGAGGAGGCAAGGCACAGAGAGGAAAUGGCUCUCAGAGGCAAGGAUGUGGCAGAGACAGUGCUGGAGGCUUUCUGUGCACAUGCCAGCCAGCGCAUCAGCCAGCUGGAACAGGACCUAGCAUCCAUGCAGGAAUUCAGAGGCCUUCUGAAGGACACCCAGACCCAACUGGUAGGGCUUCAUACCGAGCAAGAAGAGCUGGUUCAGCAGACAGUGAGUCUUACUUCUACCUUGCAACAAGACUGGAGGUCCAUGCAACUGGAUUAUACAACAUGGACAGCUUUGCUGAGUCGGUCUCGACAACUCACAGAGAAACUCACAGUCAAGAGCCGGCAGGCCGUGCAGGAACGUGAUGCAGCAAUUGAGGAAAAGCAGGAGGUUUCCAGGGAGCUGGAACAAGUCUCUGCCCAGUUAGAGGAGUGCAAAGGCCAAAUAGAACAACUGGAGUUGGAAAACAGUCGUCUAGCAACAGAUCUCCGGGCUCAGUUGCAGAUUCUGGCCAACUUGGACAACCAGCUAAAAGAGCUACAGAGUCAGCAUGCCCAUUGUGCCCAGGACCUGGCUGUGAAGGAUGAGUUACUCUGCCAACUUAUCCAGAGCAAUGAGGAGCAGGCUGCUCAAUGGCAAAAGGAAGAGAUGGCACUAAAACACAUGCAGGCAGAACUGCAGCAGCAACAAGCUGUCCUGGCCAAAGAGGUGCGGGACCUGAAAGAGACCUUGGAGUUUGCAGACCAGGAGAAUCAGGUUGCUCACCUGGAACUGGGUCAGGUUGAGUGUCAAUUGAAAACCACAUUGGAAGUGCUCCGGGAGCGCAGCUUGCAGUGUGAGAACCUCAAGGACACUGUAGAGAACCUAACGGCUAAACUGGCCAGCACUAUAGUAGAUAACCAGGAGCAAGACCUGGAGAAAACACGGCAGUACUCUCAAAAGCUAGGGGUGCUGACUGAGCAACUACAGAGGCUGACUCUCUUCCUACAGACAAAACUAAAGGAGAAGACUGAACAAGAGACCCUUCUGCUGAGUACAGCCUGUGCUCCCACCCAGGAACACCCUCUGCCUAAUGACAGCACCUUCCUGGGAAGCAUCUUGAUAGCAGUGGCAGAUGAAGAGCCAGAAUCAACUCCUGUGCCCUUGCUUGGAAGUGACAAGAGUGCUUUCACCCGAGUAGCAUCAAUGGUUUCCCUUCAGCCUGCAGAGACCCCAGGUAUGGAGGAGAGUCUGGCAGAAAUGAGUAUUAUGACUAUUGAGCUUCAGAGUCUUUGUUCCCUGCUACAAGAGUCUAAAGAAGAAGCCAUCAGGACUCUGCAGCGAAAAAUUUGUGAGCUGCAGGCUAGGCUACAAGCCCAGGAAGAACAGCAUCAGGAAGCCCAGAAGGCAAAGGAAGCAGACAUAGAGAAGCUGAACCAGGCCUUGUGCUUGCGCUACAAGAAUGAAAAGGAGCUCCAGGAAGUGAUACAGCAGCAGAAUGAGAAGAUCCUAGAACAGAUAGACAAGAGUGGCGAGCUCAUAAGCCUUAGAGAGGAGGUGACCCACCUUACCCGCUCACUUCGGCGUGCGGAGACAGAGACCAAAGUGCUCCAGGAGGCCCUGGAAGGCCAGCUGGACUCCAACUGCCAGCCUGUGGCCACCAAUUGGAUCCAGGAGAAAGUGUGGCUCUCUCAGGAGGUGGACAAACUGAGAGUGAUGUUCCUGGAGAUGAAAAAUGAGAAGGAAAAACUCAUGAUCAAGUUCCAGAGCCAUGUAAGAAUGUCCAUGCCAUUCCAGGGCCAUUUCCUACCAUCAUUAGCAAAUGCCCUGCCAUGUUUCCCCUGUCCUACCAAGCUUGCUCUUUUAUGCAUAGGACUUAUAAAAUCUGUUUGCUUUCUAGAGAAGUAUCCUAGAGGAGAACCUUCGGCGCUCUGACAAGGAGUUAGAAAAACUAGAUGACAUUGUUCAGCAUAUUUAUAAGACCCUGCUCUCUAUUCCAGAGGUGGUGAGGGGAUGCAAAGAGCUACAGGGAUUGCUGGAAUUUCUGAGCUAAGAAACUGAAGGCCAGAAUCUGCUUCACCCCUUUUUACCUGCAAUACCCCUUUACCCUAAUACCAAGACCAACUGGCAUAGAGCCAACUGAGAUAAAUGCUAUUUAAAUAAAGUGUAUUUAAUGUAUUUCUCCAA